CGGGUGCCUUAGCGCGCAAUCAAGGAGAGGCUGCGGCGGGGUCAGGGCGCGGAUGCUGGAAGUUCACAUCCCCUCGGUGGGGCCCGAGGCCGAAGAGUCCAGGCAGAGCCCAGAGAAAGGCCACAUGGUGUUCCAAGUCGAGGUGCUGUACAGCGGACGCAGACACACGGUGCCGAGGCGAUACAGCGAGUUCCAUGCUCUACACAAGCGGAUCAAGAAACGGUACAAAGUGCCUGACUUUCCCUCAAAACGCCUGCCCAACUGGAGGACCAGAGGAUUGGAACAGCGCCGGCAGGGCUUGGAGACCUAUAUCCAGGGCAUCCUGUACCUGAAUCAGGACGUGCCCAAGGAGUUAUUGGAAUUCCUGAGGCUUCGCCACUUCCCCACAGACUCCAAGGCCAGCAGCUGGAGCACCCUGAGGGAAUUCCUGCCUAGUGACAACAGCUCACAGCUGCACCACCGGCCCGUCAUUGGCUUCUGUAUGGACCCCUACAUUUACACCCCUCCCCCAGAACCUCUCCCAGAAGUGGUGGUGGAUGGUGUCCUCCAGGGUCUCUAUGGCUUCAGCACUAGCCCGGCCAAAGGCUAACCGUCAUCCUGCUCCAUCACCAAUGCCCUGGCUAGCCCAGGCUUCAGGUCACCUGUCAGGACAGUUAAUGUGCCUCAGUCCUAGGAGUUCCAUAUAAGAAGCUGGGUCGACCCUUGGACUAGCCUCAGGGUGUAACUAGCCGAGGCUCAGCUGUGCCCAGCCACACUCAAGGCUCUGAACUUGGUGUGCACUGACAGCUGCAGUUAGCAGAUUUGCCCAGGGGCCGCGGCAAAGUCAAGAUAAAGAAAAGAGCAUUAAGUAAUUUCAGGCAUAGGCUGAGAAGAUUCAGGUGGAUUUCCUAGCCCAGCCUGGCAGGUGGCAGAAGCUGGGCACAGUAGCUGGGUAGCCUCUGCCUGAUGACUAGUGGGUACCACCUAGGCACAGGCUUAGAAAGGAGCCCAAGGAAAGGGGUGCAUCUAUCU